UUGAAUUUCAAGGGGGUGACUACGACAAGUUUCUCUCCCAGUGUAAAAACCCCAAGAAUCCGCAGCGCCGAAUCAUAUACCGACUUUCUCUCACAUAAAUAUAUUUACUCUUACAUCUAGAGAGAGAGAGAGAGACGGAGAUGGAGGAAGAGUUGGAGCCAAGGGUGAAGCCAUUGGUUUACAAAGUGAAGGCGAUGUCUAGAGAAUCAUCUGCACAGAAGGCUGCUCACCUGCUCGAUACGGACCUCCGCAACCAUUGGUCGACUGCCACUAACACCAAAGAGUGGAUCUUGCUUGAGCUCGACGAACCCUGUCUGCUCUCGCACAUACGGAUAUAUAACAAGUCAGUUCUGGAAUGGGAAAUUUCAGCUGGAUUACGUUAUAAGCCAGAGACCUUUGUUAAGGUUCGUCCCCGCUGUGAAGCUCCUCGGCGUGACAUGAUGUACCCAAUGAAUUACACACCUUGCCGUUUUGUGCGGAUAUCUUGUAUGCGUGGAAACCCAAUUGCUUUGUUUUUUGUUCAGCUAAUUGGGAUUUCGGUUCCUGGUUUAGAGCCAGAGUUCCAACCUGUUGCUAACUACUUGUUACCAUACAUUAUAUCACACAAACAAGAUGCUGUGGAUAUGCAUCUCCAGUUGCUUCAAGACGUUACAAGCCGGUUGGCAAGGUUUCUUCCUCACCUUGAGGCUGAUCUUAAUAGCUUUGCAGAAGCUGCACAACCUACUAUGCGUUUUCUGGCUAUGCUUGCCGGUCCAUUUUAUCCUAUCCUUCGGAUUGCAAGCGAAAGAGAGAAUGCAAGGCUGGCUCCUAAUUUUCCUGACCAUGAAGCUUCUAAGACCAAUAUGUCGUCUUCGUCUACUGCCUUGACAGUUUCCUCAAACUUUGAGCCAAGGAGAUCAAGGACUACAUUGUCUGCUUCCCUACCUAUAUCUACACACUUGGUUUUCCGUCCUGAUGCAGUCCUUUUACUACUCAGAAAGGCUCAUAAAGAUUUCAACCUGGGGAAUGUAUGCAGGACGGUGUCGAGAAUCCUUUUGAAGUUUAUGGAGCCUAUGCUGAUGCACGAAGUAUCUGCUUCUGGUCUAGCUUCAGAGAUUACAUCUUCUGUACAUGAUGAGACUCCUAAAUCUGAUCAUCGUGAUCCUAUUUCAUUACCUGAUUACUCGAAUUUGUUGGGGGAGGAAUUUCAAAUUCCAUUUGAUUCUUGGGACCUCACAUACCUAAACAUGUUAGAUUCUGCAGCUGUUGAAGAAGGACUAGUGCAUGUUCUUUAUGCUUCCACUUCCCAGCUAUCACAUUGUAGUAAGCUUGCUGAAAAUACUUCACAUCUUUGGCUGGCAUUACCACUAAUUCAAGCCUUGCUUCCAGCACUUCGACCUAAUUCAAGCAGUCCUUAUCAGAUUGAUGACAAGUUCUCUCUUUGGAAACAACCAUUUGUACAAAAUGCACUUUCUCAGAUUGUGGCAACUUCAUCUUCAGCGAUCUACUGUCCUUUACUUCGGGCUUGUGCUGGCUAUUUAGCAUCUUUCUCUCCAUCACAUGCUAAAGCAGCGUGUGUUCUUAUUGAUCUGUGCUGUGGUGUGUUGGCACCAUGGACUGCUCAAGUGAUUGCAAAGGUGGACUUGACCAUUGAGCUCUUGGAGGACCUUCUGGGUGUGAUCCAGGGCACUCAUGUUUCAUUCUCCCGUGGACGUGCUGCCCUCAAGUAUAUUGUCCUGAUGCUGUCUGGAAACAUGGAUGAUAUUAUGGAAAAAUAUAAGGAGGCUAAGUACCAGUUACUUUUCUUGGUGGAGAUGCUAGAACCUUAUCUGGAUCCUUCCUUAACCCCCUUGAAGGGCAUGAUAGCCUUUGGAAAUGUAUCUUCCAUUUUUAGUGAAAGUCAAGAAAAGAAUUGUGCUACUGCAAUAAAUGUCAUUCGCACAGCGGUAAGGAAGUCUGCUGUGCUUCCGUCUCUUGAGGCUGAAUGGAGACGUGUAUCUGUUGCUCCUAGUGUACUUCUAUCAGUUUUGGAUCCUCAGAUGCAGUUACCUCCUGAUAUUGACAAUCGCAAGUUCCCUUCUCCUGGGAAGGUGGAGCCACAGUCAUUAGCUUCUCUACCUCUUUCUUCUCAUCAUGGGGUAAUCUCUUCUCGGUCAAAUAGCCAAGAGACUACUGAUACAAAGGUUGAUAUUACUGACAUUACCGGGAAAGUGGAUGUGUUGGAGGAUGUCAAUCUUCUCUUUGCUCCACCAGAACUGAAUAGAAUGUCCCUCAUUCAUGUUCCAUCCACCACAGACAAAAAUAUUUCAGAUUCUAACCAUCUGAAUGUAAGUUUAGAGGUCAACAACGCCAGUCUUAAAAAUUCAGUCAACCAGUUUCGAAAUGAUGCUGCACUUGAUGCUGACCAGGGUAUUGAAUUCAGUAAUUUGCUGGCUGAUUAUUCACAACUCACAAAUUAUAGAGGUUGUGAGCUAAGGGCCUCUGAGUUUAGGCGUUUAGCUCUGAACUUGAUCUCCCAGAAAAAGUUUACUCAGGAGAGUCAUGACGUUGCCAUAGAUGCUUUGCUUCUUGCUGCAGAAUGUUAUAUAAAUCCCUACUUUAUGGUCCAUCUCAAGGACAAUUUAUCCAGUGUGAGCAAAAUCUACCAUGGAAAUUCUGAUAAUCUCGGAGCAGCAGAUAUUGAGAAUUUUUUUGGACAAAAGGAUAAUGAUUUGAAGCUUGUUGCAGAUAUUGAAAGGAGAAGGGACAGAGUUGUUCUUGAAAUCCUGAUUGAGGCAGCCGACUUAGACAGGAAGUACCGCAAAGUGGCAUCAGAGGGCGAAACCUUGGGAUUGUCUGUUGAAGGGGGCGAGGAUGCUGUUAAUUUGUUCCAGCAUGAUAAUCUCUCAGCAGAUGCGAUUACCUUGGUUAGGCAGAAUCAAGCACUACUGUGCGAUUUCUUGAUACAUCAUUUGCAGAUAGACUCACAUCAGGAGCAGCGUCCAAGGCAGGAGAUUCUAAUGUGGUGCCUUCUUUUUCUGUUGCAUUCUGCAACUAGAUUAUUCUGUGCCCCUGAGUUUGUGGUUGAUGUGAUAUUAAAGUUUGCUGAAUCCUUCAACAUGCAUUUGAAAUCCUUUUGUUACCAAUCAAAGGAAGGCGACCCACAGUUACACAAUUUAAAGCUGCAUGAGGUGCAACGCUGCUGGAUUCUCCUUCAAAACUUGGUCAUUGGUUCAAGUGGCAAUGAUGAAAGAUCUGUACUACCAGUUAAUGUCAGAAAUGGUUUUCGGUUCUCGAAUCUUGUUCCUAGUUUGGUCUGGCUGCAGAAAGUACCAGCCUUUUCUUCUUCUCCUUUCCCGAUUGUUAGGUAUUUUGGAUGGAUGGCAGUUGCACGCAAUGCCAAGCAGUAUCUUGAUGACCGUCUCUUCCUAGUUUCUGAUUUUUCAGAGUUAACAUAUCUUUUAUCCAUAUUCUCGGAUGACCUUUCUGUAGUUGAUAACAUCGCUGCUCAGAAAAAUGUGGGCAAGCAGAUUGAGAAAUUGAGUAUUCACCCAGAUAUAAAUUGUGAGGAUGGAAGCAAGGGCUUAGGAUGUGAAGAUAGAUGGCAAUCUUUUCAUGUCUUGUAUCCUGUUAUCAGCAAAUAUUUUCCUAAUUUGAAGGAAGACUUUAUAGGUUUUGGUGAAACUAUUUUGGAGGCAGUUGGCCUGCAAAUGAAAUUUCUUUCUACCUAUAUGGUGCCAGAUCUAAUGUGUUGGUUUUCUGAUAUAUGCUUAAGUCCCUUUGUGCAAAGUAAGAAUACCCAGGCCUUAUCCAAAGAUAAGCCUGACUAUUACAAAGGUUUUGUUGCCAAGAAUGCAAAAGCUGUCGUCCUUUACAUUCUUGAAACCAUUGUAGUUGAGCAUAUGGAAGCAAUGGUUCCAGAGAUACCGAGAGUGGUGCAAGUGUUUGUAUCCCUUUGUCAGACAACAUACUGCGACGUAUCAUUUCUUGAAUCGAUAUUGCAUUUGUUAAAGCCCAUUAUAGCAUACUCCCUUAAUAAGGUGCCAACCGGGGAAGAUACAUUAGUAGAUGAAUCAUGUCAGAGUUUUGAAUCUUUAUGCUUCAGUGAGCUCUUUAAAUUUAUAAAGUCUACUGACGAGAAUCUAGGCCCUUCUGUGGAAAAAGGAAAAUGCCAGGCACUAACAAUAUAUGUUCUAGCUUCCGUUUUUGGUAAUUUGUCCUUCCAGAGGAAAACAGAACUCUUACAGUCCGCCCUGUUAUGGGCUGAUUUUGCCUCAUCUGAUGGAACAAAUUCUUUGCUUGAUUAUAUUUGUGCAUAUCAGGUUCUCAUGGAGAACUGCAGAGACCUACUAAUUGCUACUUCUAAAGUCUGGGGUAUUAUUCCACUUCAAGUUUCUCCAGAUUCCGAUGCUAGCAUUAGCUUUGUUAAUGGUUUUCCUGAGUUCUCCUCCUGGUUUCUCAAUGAUAUAUGCUAUUCUCCCUCUCCUACUGAUGUAUCUGGAGAGCAUCAAGAUAAACCAGUUGCUGAUGUCAGUCAAAAGGUUUGUCAAUUGACUUUGGAAGAAGUAAAGACAUUACCAAUAGAAAUAGAGGCCAUUAUUUCCAAACUCUGUCCGACCUUGGAACAGUGCUGGAGUCUACAUAAUAAACUGUCCAAGAAACUGACCUCCACAUGUGCUGAGUGUUUGAUAUACUCAAGGUGCUUAUGGUUGAUUGCUGAUAGAGUUUCUGCCUCUUCAGAAGUAGAGGAUCUCCAUCCGAGCAAACUUUUUGAUGAUGUGCAAGAUAUUUGGAGGACAAGUCUUGAAGGACUAUCUAAAAAGAUCUUACUGCUUCAGGAUAAGCAUUGUUGGGAGGUCGCAUCUCUGUUACUCGACUCUCUCCUGGGAGUGCCCCAGCACUUUUGUUUGGAUAAUGUGAUAAGUGACAUAUGCUUAGCAGUUAAGAACUUUUCUAACAGUGCUCCAAACAUCUCUUGGAGAAUAUUAACUGACAAGCUGAUACAAUUAUUGUUCGCAAGAGGUAUCUAUAAGGUCUGUCAGAAUGAAGUUCCUCUGGUUGAUCUUUUCCGUGCCAUGCUUGUGCAUCCUGAGCCGGAACAACGAUAUAUUGUACUAAAGCACUUGGGCAGACUUGUGGGCCAGGAUGUUGAUGGUGGAAAGUUAAUUCUAUCGUCAACAAUCGAGUCUGUUAUAGCUACACCUGUUUCGCCCAUUUCUGCUAAUGAGCAUAUUUUAUCUUCUUUAGUUGCAGCCACAUGGGACAACGUAGCCUUGAUGGCAUCUUCUGAUACAUCACUGCUCCUGAGAACAAAUGCAACAGCACUUCUUAUCAACUUCAUACCAUAUUCUGCGAGGUCUAAACUGCAAUCGUUUCUUGCAUCUGCUGACAACAUUCUUCAGUGUUUGACAGCUCUUUCACAACCAACACGUUAUGGCCCACUUACACAAUUCUCUUUGGCACUCAUAGCCAGUGUUUUUCUUUAUUGUCCAUCUGAAGAUAUUUCACUGAUUCCAGAAAGUAUUUGGAGAAGUAUUGAAGCUUUUGGAAUGUCUAAAAUUGAUAGGUAUUGCACCAGCCUAGAGAAAAAGGCUUGUGAAGCACUAUGCAGACUUAAAAGUGACGGGGAACAGGCUAAACAGGUCUUGAGGGAAGUGCUUUCUUCAACUCCUCCAAAGCAGCAACUUCCUGAUUUUUUAACUACCCGCGAUUCCAUUCUUAUGGUUAUUGGCAAUUUAACCUCUGCCAAAUCAUACUUGGACUUCUUCUCAAAGGAUGCUGAACAGAGGUUCAUGGAACUGGAAGAAGCUCAACUGGAAAUGGAAUUUCUGCAAAAAGAGCACCCACUACCUGAUUCAACCUUCAAACUCAAAGAUUGGCGCCAAUUUCCAUUUAUGUCCUCCUAUUCAAAGGAUGAUCUUGGACUGCAACAAAUUAAAGAAAGAAUUAAAUCUAUAGAAAAGGCAAAACUCAGGGAAGAAAUAGUUGCUCGCAGGCAACAAAAGCUUCUUUUGAGGCAUGCCCGUCAACAAUUUUUAGAAGAGGCAACUUUACGAGAAGCAGAACUCAUUCAGAAGCUUGAUAGAGAGAGAGCAGAUGAGGUAGAAAAGGAGCUCGAGAGACAGCAGUUGCUUGAACUUGAACGAGCAAAAACUAGAGAAUUACGGAACAAUCUUGAAAUGGAGAAAGAAAAGCAGGCUCAGAGGGAUCUCCAGCGGGAACUUGAGCAAAUAGAAUCUGGAGUCCGACCUUCAAGACGAGAAUUUUCAUCUUCCAGUCAAACUAGAACACGGGAUAGGUACCGUGAAAGAGAAGCAAGCAGGGAUGGGGGCGAAGGUAGCUUAAGAGCAAGUAGUCGUGGUGCUGAUGCUACCACCACAACAGCUCUACCUGGCAGAGGUUCAUUCUCGGGACAACUUCCCACCAUUCUGCAAUCGCGUGAAAGAACAGAUGAAUGUGGCAGCAGUUAUGAAGAAACUUUUGAUGGAAGCAAGGAUUCAGGUGAUACAGGUAGUGUUGGGGAUCCAGACAUGGAGGGGCAACCCAUUAGUUUCGGAUCUGGUCAGAGGCAUGGAUCCAGGGGCAGCAAAUCACGCCAGAUAAUUGACAGAAAAGAACGCGAUGGUAGACGUGAAGGAAAAUGGGAGCGAAAACACUAGUGAAUGUAUGAAGUGUACAAGUUAAUGUAUUCUUGUUGUAUGCUUGUUUGUUGUAACAUUUUUACAUGGUGGUACACCGGCUGAUAGAAUGAGGCUCGGAGAGAGUGAUACAUCAUUGGACUAGUGUCCGGUGGCUAUCACCUUGUAUAUUAAUGCACUUUCAAGUUUAGUAGUAAUUUUUGCUAAUUUUUGUAUUA